CAACCCGUGAUGAACAAGUUGAAAGCUAUUUGCUGUCCUACAACUGGCUGGUUGCCGACCUCAGAAGCAGGAGAAAUGAUGUCCCUCGUUCUGCAGUAACUGGUCACACGCUCCACGUUUAUACUCUGAUUAAAAGGAUGGUCAUUCAUUAUCCAAGUAUACGCGCCAUCUUUAAUUCCAUCCUUGAGAAUGACGAUGGCGGUUGCGAAGACAGAGUUAACGUCUGCAGUUUCAUGAAACUCCAGUCUUUUUGCGAGAAAAACUACGUCUUCAUGGCCAACCACUGCCCAAAAACCUGUGGACUGUGUAAGCUGCUCGAAGGGGUCCGAGCUGUCAAGAAGGAGGAGAAGAGGACGCAGUUACCAAAUACCAAUGACCUGAAGGGAAUUUUGUCGGGUAUGGGAAGACUCCAGAGGGCUUACAAUAUAUCGAUCGCCCUCAUGAGGACAGGGGUCAUUCACAGGUUCCACACCUCAGUUAAACUAUCGGCAUGGGACUGUCUGCAGAUAGCGUAUCAGCUGUAUGAAGAGGGUAUCCUAAGUUACACUUUGCUGUGGUUUGACGAAAUAUUGAAUGCGUUUAACGACACUGAGACCCUGACCUUGGCUCAGGAGAAAAGAAGCGUCAUUGCAAACAAGCACGACAAAUUCUGGGAAGAAGACGAAAAGCAUUUCCCAAACCUGUUGGCCAAGGACCCUCAUCAGAAUCCAGUACCUAGUAAUUUCUAUCAGUACUGCAUGAAAUCUAGAGAAAAAAGACCCGUGAUAGCUGAGGAAGGACUCCAGUGCUAUCUAACUACCAAGGGGAACCCAUACCUCCUCUUGCAGCCACUGAAACAAGAAACCUUCGGAACAGACCCUGAAAUGGUUGUGUUCUAUGAUGUUAUCAACGAUUCUGAAAUAGAAACUUUGAAACGACUGGGAAAGAAUGUUCUCAAAAGAGAUAGUAAUAAUAAUAGGAGGACAGAGCAUAUCGUCCUGCACAAUGUCACUCACCCUGUGAUCGACAACAUCGAGAGAAGAGCAGAAAUGUUUUCGGGCCUAUUAUUUCACAGUAAAGUCAGGAACCCAGACGACAUAGAUCCUGAACCUCUGAAGGUUCGAAAUUACGGCGCUUGUGGUGACUUUGGUAUCCAUACCGACACGUACUACAUUCACAAAGGCGAGGAUGGGGCGAACAAAAAUAACCCAAAGCCAGAACGCCUUGCCACGGUUUUAUUCUACUUGAAUGAUGUCUUGGAAGGUGGGAGUACAGUAUUCCAUGAAUGUGGCGUUGUAGUCAACCCAAAAAAGGGCAGUGCUCUUUUAUUCUAUAACGUUAAGAAGAACGGCGAUUUCGAACAGCGCUCUCUGCAUGGCAGCUGUCCUCUCACCGUUGGCAAUAAAUGGGUGGCUAUGAAAUGGUUCAGUGACAAGUACAAUUUCCUCACCCGGCAAUGCUCGACCAAUUCACUCGAGUGAAGAGAAUGAAGAGCAACAAACCUUUGGGGGCGGAGGCCCUAUUGGAUAGACAACUUCAGCGUCUCAGUAAUGCAAACGAACCUACGGACAUACAGUAGCCAAAACAAAUCACGAAACGCCAAUGAUAGACGAAAAUACACACACACACACACACACACACAUAUAUAUAUAUAUAUAUUAUAUGAUAUAUAUAUUAUAUAUAUUAUCAUAUAUUGCUACUUUCAAAACGCAUAUAUCCCCUCUUAGACUGUAUAAAAUGUUAUGUAGAGUUUAGCAACAUUUUUUCAGAUUCCUAAAUAGCUUAGAAUUAGGAUGUUUAAAAUGUGUGUUCAGUUUUCUGAAUAACAUAAUUUAAAAAGAAUAUAUACGUAGUAGAAAAAGAGAGAGAGAUUAUCUUUGUCUGUUUGAAGCCAGAGUUGUUUUUCAAAAUCUGUCAACACAUUUGAUUUGAGACCUCAAGGUCUUCGCUGUGUUUUGGGAAUUCUGUCAUCACGUCUGAUAGGGACAUUUGCUCGAUUUCUGUCUUGAUCGGGUACGUGUCUUUGUUGAGCUGGUACUUACAUGAAUGUAUACUUGUUUUGUACGUGUAUUUCGUUGCCGAAAACCACGUGCAGAUUUCACAGUUUGUCUGUAAAGUUGCGUCACUUUUCGAAGCUUCUAGAAAGAAUUAUUGCCCAAAACGUUUUGUGCCAGAUCCACUGCCCAGCUCUUUUGCAAAAUGAAAGAUUCAUUCAGGCUAAAAUCCUCAAAGCGUUCACAUUUCUCUCUCUCUCUCUCUCUCUGCCUCACCGUAAUUGAUAUUAACGUGAUGUAAAAUGGUUACUCGUAAUUUGUAGAUUUCAGAUUUGAUAUUUCUUAAAGUUUAUUUAGUAUUAUUUUGUGUUUUUAUGGAAUCUGAAAAAACAUUGUGUGUAACGGCGCCUGUUUUUGUGAGUGUGAAACAAGCUGCAGCAAAGAAAGAAAAUUGGUAUACCAAGAAGGUGAAGUGUCUUAUAUUUUUCUUAUUUGCAACUAAUCGUUGCACAUUUAAUUGAAUUUAACACUUGUGAAUUAAUUUGCAUUUACUUAGAAUUCUUUUCAAGUUUUAUUGUUGUUUAGCACUUGUGAAUUAAUUUCCAAAUUUUAAGUAUUGCCUAACACUUUUGAAUUUUGAUUGACUUAAUUUUCUUGAAUUUUGUGAUAAAUUAACUUUGAUUUAAUUUUACUUAAUUGACUCAAGAAUUAAUUUAACUUUGCUUUGUUUUCAAGUAACAGUA